CUCAAAAAUGUCUGCCUCCUUCCCUGUGUCACUGGCUACUUCCGUGCCUCCGGUGACGAAAGAAGUCAAAGAGGAGCCAAUAAACUUGGCGGAGCUUCCGUCGGACUUGACAGCUUCGAUCCUAAUCCGACUUGGUGCAGUUGAUAUACUUGAAAACGCUAAGAAGGUGUGCACAUCGUGGCGAGACAUCUGUAAAGACCCUUCGAUGUGGCGAAAAAUCGACUUGCGAGCCAUCUGUAAAGACCCUUCGUUAUUGGACGAUUUUGCUUUCGAUCGCUUCUGCCGUCACGGUGUUGACCUAAGCCAGGGCAGCUUGCUUGAGAUCGACAUUGAGCACUUUGCGACCGAUUCUCUCCUCACCUACAUCGCCGAGAGAUCAAGUAAUCUGAGAAGUCUUGGACUUCGAGUAUACCAUGGUUUUGUGACGAACAAAGGACUUGUGGACGCAAUCGCAAAAUUUCCAUUGCUUGAAACCCUCGAGGUCUCACACUCAUCGCUUAAACUGAAUUUGAAAGCUAUAGGCCAGGCUUGCCCGCAGCUGAAGACAUUGAAGCUAAACUCCUCAGGGUCCGUUCGCGUCAAAUGCGAUGAUGAGUAUGCCCUAGCAAUCGCUGAAAGCAUGCCCCAACUAUGCCACCUCCAGCUUCUUGGGGACAGGUUAACUGACACUGGCUUGAACGCCAUUCUUGACGGCUGUCCUAACCUGGAACACCUCGAUUUACGCAAGUGUUUCAACAUUAAACUUGCUGGAAAUCUUGAGAAGAAGUGUUUGGAGAGGAUCAAAGAGUUCAGACGCCCUAAUGACCCAACUGCUGAUUACCCAUUCGAUAUCGUUUUUAUCAAUUAUGAUUCAGAUGAAGACUAUUCAGAUGACGAGGGACUCAUUGACGCCUACUACGACUUUGCAGGCACCUACUAG